AUGUCGCUAUCUGAUCUCGCCAAGUCGGUGGUUGCGGAUGCCGCCCAGCUAGAAAAGCGUCUGUCGGCGCAACAACGACCGCAGUGCACCCUUGAAGCAUCGGGUUACGUUGACGUUGCCACUGCUUCAAUCGAGACUCAAGAAACCAUCAGACUUCGCAACCAGAUUGUCCAGGCCGCAUAUACCAUUGUGCGACUCGCACAGGGCCCCGUCGACCACGUUGUCACGUUGUCAUACAAUGCACUCGAUGCAGCGAACUUGGAGGCUUUACUGAGGAUGGGGGUUCCGCAGCAGGUACCGUUGCAAGGCACGAUCCCUCUCACCGAUCUCGCGACUUUAUUGCACGCCGACCUGGACAUUCUCACGCGGCUGGUCCGCUUUGCCAUUACCAAUGGGAUUUUCAUCGAAGAUUCGGAAGGCUACAUCGGACACUCUGCUGCAUCCGCUACUCUUGCUUGGAAUGGGAAUCUGAGAGAUGUUGCGCAGCAUAACGCGAGCAUGAUCACCAACAUCUGUGCCAAUAUAAGUCCCUGGGAGCAGAUGUGGCGUGAAGCCAAGAAAGGAAAGACAUGUCUCGGCGGUGACAGGCUCAACGGGCACAGUGUCAACGGUGACAGUGCUCUGCCUGCUGCCCCCUUCAAUUUGACCUAUCCGGGCUAUAAAGAUUGCUUCGAGUUCAUGGCGCUCAGACCUGAAAAGGCCAAAGAGUACUACAAUUUCUUAGACGGCCGCGCUCAGCUUCCGAGAUACAGCGCUCGUGACCUUCUCUCAAGCUGGGACUGGAAAGGGCGUCUAGGAGGAAGCGGAACUCUUGUCGACGUUGGGGGAUCAUCUGGUCAGAUUGCCGGUCUCCUGGCAGCUGAAGUACCCAACGCACAAUUCAUUGUACAAGACACGAACGAGGAGGCCAUGAAAAAAGGCACGUCCGCCAUCGCAAGUGCACGGCUGAGCAAUGUCACAUUCCAUGAGCAUGACUUCUUCGCUCCGCAGUCGAUUCGAGCAGACGUGUACUACUUCAGGAACAUUCUGCAUGACUGGUCUGAUGAGAAGUGUGUCGAGAUUUUGCGAGCGUUGGAACCAGCUUUGAGUCCAGGGUCGACGGUGUUGAUCAAUGAAGUUGUCCUACCAGAACCCCCGGCACAAUUCAGUCCGUUGCUUGACCAACGACAAGCAAGAAUCGAUGAUCUCGUGAUGAUGGGAGCACAUAAUGCUCGAGAGCGAAGCCUGAAGGAGUUUGAGAACAUUUUCCUCAAUGCGAACAACGCUUGGAGCUUUGUUGCAUGCUUUGGCGCGAUUAACAACAUUGCAGGUAUUGCGAAUUCCCUUCUUGAGUUUCAAUGGCAUUAG